AUGAAGGUCAAAACAUAUGUUAUGUCAAAGCAACUAACCACUAAAAUUCCCUCACGAUAUAUCAAUGCAAAAUGUUGGUCACAUUUAAAUGGAUAAGUUCUAGCUGAUCCAAGUUAUUCUAUACCGGGUCCCAUAGAUUUACUGUUAGGAGUAGAUGUUUACGCUCAAAUUAUACAGCCUGACUUAGUAAAGGGGUCGCCAGGUUCCCCAUGUGCACAUAAAACAAAUUUAGGUUGGAUAUUAUUUGGGACAGUCGAAGACAAAACACAACCAACAUCUGUAAUUGUUAUGCAUCAUCAAAUUAUAGAAGAAGAUUUUUUGAGAACGUUGUGGGAGAUAGAUAGUGAUCUGAAGAGAAAGCAGACAAAGGAAGAACAGCUGUGCGAAGCAUUUUACGAAAAAACCUAUACAAGAAACACUGAAGGAAGAUAUGUAGUCAAACUUCCUUUUAAAUAUGACAAUUUAUUAGCGCCAAAUGGUAAUACUAGACAAGUAGCAAUGAAACGUUUGUUACAACAAGAAAAGAUUACAAAAGUCCCCUGAUUUAAGAGAAGAAUACGAAAAGGGUUUAGAAGAGUACCUGAGAAUGGGGCACAUGGAAGAAGUUCCGCAAGACGAAUUAGACAAUAAAUCUGUCUAUCUACCGCAUCAUGCAGUGGUAAGGAGGGACAAAGAGGCUACCAAGGUUAGAGUGGUAUAUGACGCCUCCUGUAAAGGUGAAAAUGGGAUUUCUUUAAAUGAUGAACUGUUGGUGGGACCAGUUUUACAAGAGGACUUGCGGAGUAUAACCAUGAGAUGGCGCAUGUACAAGAUUUGUUUUGUGAGUGAUGUUGUUAAAAUGUAUCGAAUGGUUGUAAUGCAUAAAGAACAUAGAGAUUACCACAGGCUGCUUUGGCGGCGAGUUACAAAACAAGCAGAUAAUCAAACAAAUGGUAACGAUGACAUUAAAGAUUUCAGGUUAUGCACGGUUACUUUUGGUACUGCAAGCGCCCCCUAUCUUGCGAUCAAGACAUUCAUGAAAAUUGCAGAAGAGGAAGGUGCUAUGUACCCAGAAGUUUCUAGAAUUAUUCGAGAAGAUACCUAUGUUGAUAACAUAAUGUCCGGAAUGGACACCGUAGAUCAAGCAAUACAAGUUAGUAAAGAUUUGAUAAAGGUUUUACAACGAGGAGGUUUCAAGCUACAAAAAUGGGCAUCCAAUAAUGCAGAUUUUUUGAAAUCUCUAAAUGCUGAACAAAUCACUACUAAAGUAAAUUUGGACAUGAAGUUGGAUGGCAUCCUAUCAUGGAACAUCGGUAAUGAUGAAUUUCAAUAUCAACUACAAUUAGAACCAAUGACAGAAAAGGUCACAAAGAGAACUGUACUUUCAGAUUUACAAAAAAUAUUUGAUCCUUUAGGUUGGAUUGCACCGACUAUUGUCACCGCAAAAAUUUUAUUUCAAAAGCUUUGGCUAGAAGGUGUUGGUUGGGAUGAAGAAGUAAAAAGAGAAUUAAAAGAAGAAUGGCAAGCAAUUAGAGAAGAUUUAGAGAAUGUUUGUAAAGUAAAGAUUAAACGAUGA